UUUAUCUUGUUUAUCAGUAUCUACUGUUUUAUCAUAAACAUAUUAGAAUAUGCAUCCAAUCAUACUAAUAUUAGUAAAUAGUCACAGAGUUCAUGUUUGCAUCAUGAUGUGGGUUUGUUGUUUAUGAUUUACUGAAACAGGAGGAACGCUCCCUGUCUUCAGGGACAGGACACACACCUAAGCACAUGACUCACAUAAGCUCAUGUUUUCAUUGUCUCCUUGUAAUCUGAAACCCUUGUGAAACAGAGUGUCUACAAAUCAGUUACCACAUUAUAACUUCUGCUUGCGUGGAUCUCACACAAUGUGCCCCUUGUUUUUGAUGAUCCUGCAAAACUAGCAACAGUACAUGACCUGCUCAGCUCAGGCCAAAAACAAAACUCGGGAGAAUUUGCCCUGAAUUGGUUAUCACCUGGAUUACAACAGAUGGCUGCCCCUUUUGUUUCUGUUGCAUUCACGGCAGACUGGACUGGAGCCUGCAGGUCCCGGACCAUGAGGGGGUCACCCAUAAAUGCUGCUUCAUCCCUAAACAAUGAGACCUCACCUUCAGAAAGUGUUUCCUGGAUGAGAGGAGUUGGACCCUGGGGUGCUGCAGUUGGGACUCCAGUCUCAGAUGGCUCCUGGAUUAGACCCAGUGGAGGCGUGUUGGAUGGGUCAUACACACUGCUGGAAGGUGAAGUGGGUAACGGGGAUAACUUGAUGGAGAGACUCGACACCCCGAUGCUGCUGGGCUAUGAGAUCCUAGAGGAGAGGGCAAAGUUUACGGUGUAUAAGAUCCUGGUGAAGGGGCAUCUAGGAGACAGCCGGGUGAUCUUCAGAAGAUACGCCGACUUCUGCAGGCUCAAUGAUAAGCUUAAAGAGCUGUUUCCCAGCUUUGCUCUGGCCCUGCCACCUAAGCGCUGGUUCAAAAACAACUAUGAUGAGAAGUUUCUCGAGAAGAGGCGGACUGGGCUGCAAACAUUUCUGCAAAACUUGACGUCACGCAAAGACAUCAUCAACAGCAAAGCCGUCAAACACUUUCUGUGUUUGCGUGAGUCACCAAAUCUAUUUGACAGUCUGGAAGAAAGUAGGGCUUUUUGUGAGACUCUGGAGGAAACUUAUCACCGUCUUCAGAGGCAACUCUUGGAAAAUCAGAGAGAAGCUGAUACUUUGAAGAAGACCCUGGAAGAGAAGGAAAACCACAUCAGCCUCCUGUUGAAGAGAGUCAAGUAAAGAUGUGUCUUUUGCACAGAAACAGUAAGGGCUUUGUAGACGUUGUAUUGUAAUAAUUACACAGGAACUCGUCACUUUCUUUGAGUGAAAAAACUUCAAGGGGUCUUGCUAGUGAACAGGUUCAAUAGCCACAGACUCCAAUACACAGACAGGUGUGAGUGGAUUAAAGGAACAACACGGAUAGAAAUGAAGAGGCAGAGGAUAACUGUGACCUCAACUUUGAAUUUCUGUGUCUUCCUUUGGCUUGUAUGUGUCCACGGUCCCGUGGUGGAAUGGAACUGAGUACGUUUACUCAAGCACUUUAAAUGAGUAUUUAGAUUUCAUGCAACUUUAUACUUCUACUACAUCCCAGGGGCAUGUAAAAUUAGCUUUUAAACAUCAGUGCAGCAGUAAAAUGUAACAAACACAUUAAUGCAUUAAUGAUAUUAAAACCAAAACAUCAUAUAUCUGUCAUCUUCCACUACUGUAUGUAUCAAUGUAUGUGUGUACAUGCAGUAAUGUACUGCAGUGUGUGAUUCAUUAUAAAUCAGCUGUAAAUACCUGAAGGUUUAUUCACAAACAGUGCCUGUGUAUUAUGUUUUUGUGAAAGAGCAGAAUCUCCUGCUGUUCACACGUGUGGAUAAUAAGCCUCAUAAUGUUUUGUGUUUAUUUGAGUUUGGACGCUGAGGACCAAUAUGACCACAAGGUGGCAGUGUUUUAACAGCUUCCAAAGGUAAAGCCGCCGCACCUGAAUAAGAGGCACACGGGAAACUGGAUGUUCUGUUCCAUUCACACAAGGGCCUCUCUCUGGACCUUGAACAGCGCGCUGUAAUAAAGGACCAAUAUGAUGUUUUCCUCUCAAAAAGCGAACAUAGAACAUCACAU